AUGACGCCAGAGGAGGAGGCGAGGGAGCUGGAGGAGUUCCCUGUGGACUGGCUGCCGCCAGGGGAACUGCAGCGGUGGAGUGAGGUGGCUGACUUCUACGACGGCGCCUCCAUCCUCCUCACAGGCGCCACCGGAUUCAUUGGCACUCUGAUACUCGAGAAGCUGCUGCGCUCCUGCCCCGGCGUCUCCACGGUCUACGUGCUCAUCAGGGACAAGAAGGGCGUGCCGCUGCGGGAACGACUACAUUCUCAUCUGGAGAAACCGAUCUUCAGCAAUGCUCGCCAGGCAUGCCCUGACUACCUACGUAAGGUGGUACCCAUAGCGGGAGACUGCACUCAGCCGGGACUGGGGAUCAGCCCUGCAGAUGCUACUAUGCUCACCAGCAAGGUGUCUGUCGUCUUCCACGCGGCUGCCGCUGUGCGGUUCGAUGCGGACCUCCGGACCGCCACCCUCACUAACGUGGCAUCCACCUGCGAGGUCAUCGCACUUGUCAAGCGCAUGACCAACCUCAAGGCUUUUGUCUACAUGUCAACGGCAUAUUCGAAUGCCCCAAGGGAUGAAAUUGAUGAGGAGUUCUAUCCCCCAGCACUGAAUGCUGAAGAGCUACUGAAGCUGCUCAACAUCAUGGGCGACGAGCAACUGGCGCAGUUACUGCCUCUGAUAUUGGGUGACUGGCCCAACACUUAUACCUUCACAAAAGCAGUCGCUGAGGAUGUAAUAUGCACUCACGCUGCUGGACUACCCGCCUCAGUUAUCAGGCCUUCCAUUGUGAUGGCUACAAACAAGGAGCCAGUGGCAUUCUGGCUGGGGAACAUGUAUGGACCCAGCGCGAUUGUGGCCGGGGGUGCUCUGGGAAUUCUGCACUCCGUGAUAACGGACGAAGGCGCAAUGGCGGAUGCUGUGCCAGCUGAUAUGGUCGCCAACGCAACCAUCGCCUGCGCGUGGGACACCUGCUCAAAUAAUAAAUAUAUGUACGGCAAAGCCCAACAUUUGCUUCCUUACAGAAAGUUUGCUGCUUUCAACAGCGCCGACCACAUUCAAACUCUAGCCAACAUGGGCCGCUUGCCAGUCAAAAUAUGUUACGACUGCGGCAACAGACUAUGGAAUGUGUACUCGCGUGUUCAUGGAGUCAUGCAAGCUCUGGAGAAAUUCACCACUAGAGAGUGGACUUUCAAAGACGACAACAUGGUGGGCAUGCUGGGCCGUCUGGGAGAAGCCGACCGCAAGCUCUUUCCCUGUGACAUAGUAGACGUUGACUUAGAGUGGCAUCAUAAAAACUGUGUGCGUGGAUUGCGCCUUUACAUCUUGAAUGAGAGCUUCGACAACUUGGAAGCAGCCAAGAAGAAAUAUUUUUGGUUGACAGUUCUGCACUACACAGUAGUUACCAUAAUGAGUUCGCUGCUGCUACUGAUGCUGUGGCGGAUUCUCGGUGCUCAGAUAGGACUGAGACACCCACACUGGUGUACGACUGCACAAGCAAACCCUUGA